UGUGCUUCUGCUAGCUAGGUGCCUGCGGAGGAGAGAUAGGGAUACGAUGGCCGGCGGUGGCAUCGUGAACACGGGCGGUGGCAAGGACUACCCCGGCAAGCUCACCCUCUUCGUGUUGCUCACCUGCAUCGUCGCCGCCACCGGCGGUCUCAUCUUCGGAUAUGACAUCGGUAUCUCAGGCGGCGUGACGUCCAUGAACCCGUUCCUGGAGAAGUUCUUCCCGGAGGUGUACCGGAAGAAGCAGGAGGCCAAGACGAACCAGUACUGCAAGUACGACAACCAGCUGCUGCAGACCUUCACCUCCUCCCUCUACCUGGCCGCGCUGGUCGCCUCCUUCUUCGCCGCCACCGUCACCCGCGCCGUCGGCCGCAAGUGGUCCAUGCUCGUCGGCGGCCUCACCUUCCUCGUCGGCGCCGCCCUCAACGGCGCCGCCCAGAACAUCGCCAUGCUCAUCGUCGGACGCAUCCUUCUCGGAGUCGGCGUCGGCUUCGCAAAUCAGUCCGUGCCUGUGUACCUGUCGGAGAUGGCGCCGGCGCGUCUCCGGGGCAUGCUCAACAUCGGCUUCCAGCUGAUGAUCACCAUCGGCAUCCUGGCUGCGGAGCUCAUCAACUACGGCACCAACAAGAUCAAGGCCGGGUACGGGUGGCGCGUGAGCCUGGCGCUGGCGGCGGUGCCGGCGGCCAUCAUCACCCUGGGCUCCCUCUUCCUCCCGGACACCCCCAACUCGCUGCUGGAGCGGGGCCACCCGGAGGAGGCACGCCGCAUGCUCCGCCGCAUCCGCGGCACGGACGACAUCGGCGAGGAGUACGCGGACCUGGUGGCGGCCAGCGAGGAGGCCCGCCAGGUGCGCCACCCGUGGCGGAACAUCCUGCGCCGCCGGUACCGCGCGCAGCUCACCAUGGCCGUCGCGAUCCCCUUCUUCCAGCAGCUCACGGGGAUCAACGUCAUCAUGUUCUACGCGCCCGUGCUGUUCGACACGCUGGGAUUCAAGAACGACGCCUCCCUCAUGUCCUCCGUCAUCACGGGCCUCGUCAACGUCUUCGCCACCGUCGUGUCCAUCGUCACCGUCGACCGCGUCGGCCGCCGCAAGCUGUUCCUCCAGGGCGGCGCGCAGAUGAUCGUGUGCCAGCUCAUCGUGGGCACGCUCAUCGCCGCCAAGUUCGGGACCAGCGGCACGGGGGACAUCGCCAAGGGCUACGCCGCGGUCGUCGUGGUCUUCAUCUGCGCCUACGUCGCCGGCUUCGCCUGGUCGUGGGGGCCCCUGGGCUGGCUCGUGCCGUCCGAGAUCUUCCCGCUGGAGAUCCGCCCGGCGGGGCAGAGCAUCAACGUCUCCGUCAACAUGUUCUUCACCUUCUGCAUCGCGCAGGCCUUCCUCACCAUGCUCUGCCACUUCAAGUUCGGCCUCUUCUACUUCUUCGCCGGCUGGGUCGUCAUCAUGACCGUCUUCAUCGCCUUCUUCCUGCCCGAGACCAAGAACGUGCCCAUCGAGGAGAUGGUGCUUGUCUGGAAGUCACACUGGUUCUGGAAAAGGUUCAUCGCCGACGAGGACGUGCACGUCGGCAUUGGCAACAACCACCCGGCCAAAAACGGCAGCGACACCAAGGGGGCCGACGCGUGAACGUGAUCUCAACAUCUAUAUUCCAUCUACAGUCACAACUGAAAUGUACAUUUAGGCUUCCAUUGUUCCAUCAACUAGUAGCUACAUGUCCUCCUAGUAAAGUACCAGUGUUUGUUUGUGUAAUGUUUGUUACGCCCAUUAAAUUCUUCUUGGAUUGGAUG